CCAAGGUCACAUUUGAAUCACCAAAUAUUGAUAUUCUUCAAUCCCGUGCCUUCUGCAAUUGGCGGUUGGGCUACCGCUGUACUUGGACACCUUGAAACUCAUUACACAAGAACACAGCUCUGCAACAGCUUCUUCCUCCCCGAAACUCGCGAGGUGUUUCAACGUCUCUCCUCACCUGUACUCCGUACCCGUGGUCGAAACGUUUUUGGAUUUCCCCAAUGCUGACCUGGUUGCCUUGCACGUGAGUAGCCUUUCCAACUUCACACCACUCAGCCUUUGUGAAUUCGACACUGCUAGGAGCAGCGCAAAAUGUCGGAGAUGGCAUCAGCCCAAUCGGCCAGCAAUGGAAGUCCGCCGCCCGAUGAUUCAGAAGCUGGAAUUGAGACUUUUCUGCAGCCACUGCAUAUCGACGAUAACGUCGUCCAUAACCUAGCCUAUCAAUUCUGCAGAGUUUACGAAGAGCUAGCGCUACAUUCUGAAGAACAGUUCCUCCCAACACCAGUAACGAACCUGCCUUCAGGCCACGAGACGGGUCAGUUCCUUGCUAUUGAUGUCGGCGGCACCAAUCUUCGGGUUGCCUUUAUCGAGCUGCUGGGCGAUGCGGACGAGCACCCCUCCACAGCCAUUGGCGCUGAGCGGUCACGUGAGACAAUCAGAAAUGCUCAGCGUCCGCGAGUACGACGGACGCUGGAAAAGGCCUGGCCUAUUGGUGAGCAUUUGAAGAUGGACAAGACUGAGGAUCUGUUUUCCUGGAUUGGUGACUGUAUAGCCGAGGUCGUUGGUGACCGGCUCAGCUCUGAUAUGGGCAAAGUGCCUGUUCCUGAAGAGCUCCCAAUGGGUAUCACCUUCAGUUUCCCCAUGAUGCAAGAGAAACUCGAUUCCGCGACGCUGAUGCCAAUGGGGAAAGGCUUCACCAUUACCUCAGACCUCGAUCUUGGUUCAACUUUACUGCAAGGCUACGCUCGGCACACACGACAACAGCAAUCCAAUGAUUCAUCUCCACGAGCGAAAAGAAGGAAACUCGGCCCGCUACCUCGAUUGAGAAUUGCAGCCAUCACCAACGAUACCAUAGCUACUCUUGCGUCGCUAGCGUACAGUGUCAAGUCAUUGCCGAAUUCUCGAGUGGUUGCAGGUGUAAUUGUCGGCACUGGCGUCAACGCCACCAUACCUAUGAAAUUCCCUAGCCUGGGCGAGUCCAAAGUUGCGCCCAUCCGAACAAACAAACCCCAAGCGACAGAAACAGUGGUAAAUACCGAAAUCACAAUCGCUGGAGCAUGCGGACCCCUGCAGUCCAUCACUACGGACUGGGAUCGUCAACUAGAUGCCGCCUGUGCACGACCUGGUUUCCAACCUCUCGAAUACAUGACUGGCGGAAGGUAUAUAGGAGAGCUUGUGCGCAUCAUAUUCCACGAUUACAUGACAAAGGCACACAAACCGCCGGUGCCGUCCACAUCACUUCCUGCUACGAUUGUGCAUCCAUACAGCUUCACCACCACCUUUGUCAGUGCGGUGGUCGCACGAGCACGAUCCAAUUCAGAGUUGGCGGGGGAGUUGAAACGUAGAAUUCCACCUCCGGAGUCAUCGAACUGGGGUUGGUCGCCACAUUCGGCAGGAGCACUCCGCAAGAUCGCACAUCUCGUUCAGGUUCGUUCCGCCGGCCUCAUUGCAGCAUCUACCGUGGGCCUUCUAGCCACGGUCGGCGAGAUCGCCUUGUCCGAGCCUGGCAGUUCUGCUUCACCUGCCGAUGCAGUUUUCACCACGGACAGCAAGCCACCAUCUCCCAAACAAGGUCAUCUAGCUCUCCCUUCGCGAGAUGUGCGAGACGGACUCUCACCUGCUCCGGGUGCGACAGCUUGGAGAUCAGGACCAGAGGAAUUGGUCAUUGCUUACACCGGAGGAAUUAUUCAGCACUAUCCAAACUUCAAAGAACAAUGUCAGAGAUUCAUUGAUCGACUGGUAAUGCGAGCAGGACCCCAAGACGGUGGCAAGAGUGUCUUUUUGCGGGAAGCUCGUGAUGGGGGCAUCAUCGGCGCAGGGGUUUUGGCGGGACAGCAAGCGGCGGAGCAAGCCUGAUCGGACUAUUACUUAGCAUUCCAGGAGAGGCUGGCGCAAUUAUAGCUCAAUGGCAUUAUUGUGCAUCGGUUCAUAUCCACG